CUGUCUCUGGCCCCUGGCUGCUCUCUCUCCCAGCCCCAGGAGGAAGAAGAAUAGGCCGGAGAGAAGGAGCCUAAGGGAGGGGGCUGCUGGGCUUCGUCUGCCUUCCUUCCCUUCGGGGCCCCAACCCUCCUCCCUUCCAGCUGCUCUGGCAAAGGGAACCCAGGAGCCCCACUUAGGAGCCAGGAUGCCCUCUUGCCACCCAGGGAUGGGCAUCUUUCUCAUCGAUCUGUAGCACCGUUCAACCUUUUCUAGCCUGAGUUUUGGUGGAGUCCAGGCCAUGCCAGAGAUGCCAGGAGCUGGCCCUGUCUGAGCGUUUGUGGAUGGAGAAGAGGGAAGGGGACGGCCCUGCGCACUCUUUCAGGAUGGAAAGCAAUCCCUUCCUCCAGCUCAAGGCUCAGGCCCAGGGCACUUCGGAGGAGUUGCGAUGCCUCCAGCUUGUCAACCGGCUGCAGGAUCUCUCCAACUGGGAGGAACUGGUGGACAACCAGUCCUGCCUCAAGCUGGCCGGCAGCAUCAAGGAUUAUGUCUCCACGGUGAUGGAGAACGUUGUCCAUAAAGGAGCUCAGACUGGAAGUCCAGAGAAGCUCACUUCAGAUCGACCACUGAUGAGCCAGACAUCUGGCGGCAAACCUUCGGCACACCUGACCCUCAGGAGACAGACCCCUGUCCGGCCAGGAGCCCUGGCACACUUUGGGGAGCUGCAGCAGUCCUGCCAGCACCCCAUCCCUCACUGGGCCAACCAGACCUUGCAUGCCCACCUCCAGAACAUCACCUUCCAGGAGGGCAAGCUGCACAUCAGCCAGCCAGGAAAGUACUACGUCUACGCGCAGAUCUACUUCCGCUAUCCCACCGAGGAGGGCACUGGCGCCCGCACCUUUGGGCACCAGCUGGUGCAGUGCAUCAACCUCCAGAACUCUUACGGGCAGAACGUCUUGCUGCUGAAGGGAGUGGGCACCAAGUGCUGGGCAAAGGAUGCCACGUAUGGGCUCCACGCUCUCUACCAGGGCGGCCUCUUCGACCUCAGAGCUGGGGACAAGCUCUUUGUCUCCGUCUCCUCCCUGGACAUCAACUAUGGUGACGCAGCCGGCAGCUACUUUGGGGCCUUCCGCCUGGAUGGCUGAAAGCGGUGGGACCCUUUUUGGAACUGCUUCCUGGCCAGAGGCCCCCACGGACCCUAUUGCUUUUGCCCUUCAAUGCAGCCAUUGGCCAGUGGGGCCCCUUAACCAGUUGGACCAGCCUGGAACCAGCAGGAGAUGCCUGAGGCUACUGGAAUGGCAGCGGCCCUGUGACUAGUCUUUCUCCUUUCGUUAGUGGUUGUGACGAAGGUUGCUCCUCAAAGGCAAGAGCCAAGAAUUGGGGCCCUUGCAGACUAGCGAUCUCUGGCUCAUCCCACCUUAGAAGAGGGGUGAAAAGAGCAGAUGAGCACAACUCAACCUCUGUGGACAUGGUGGGACUUGCACAGUGGUGCAAAGCUCAGUCUUGCAUAAUUUCCCAUCUGUGAUUUGACAAAGAGAAGGGAGCUCUCCUUCACAUACCUUCCUCCAGGUAGGUAAAGCAGGUAAAGCAAGACAAGUGACCAAGAAGUGAAACGAAAAACCAAAGCUGAGCCUUCACUGGUGCCCAGGUCUGGCUGGCAGGUAUCCCUGAUGAGUUUGGGGCAGCUUUUGGACUGACCAGGACAGCUGCCCUCCCUCUUCCAUAUUCUCCACCUUUGGCGUAACUUUCUGCCAACCUGGGAAUUCUUCCCAUAAUUUCAAUUGAAAAACAGGGUUUAAAAAUAUCUCCUAAUGGCAUUAGGGGAAACAGAAAACCAGUUCCUGAGGAACAGUCUCCCUUAAGAAUGGCUGCAUGCGAUGCUGCACUUGUUGCAUUUAAGUGAGUCAGGUUAUCUGGUCUACUUUGCUAAACUGCCUUGGCAAGAAAUGUAGGUCAGUGUGUCACCCGCUUGCACACCUUGCAGACAUGAGAGAGAGACAGAGAGAAGACCUGAGAGAUGGAGGGGCAUCUUGGCUUCCUAUUCCUGGUGCAACUGGACCCAGGAAGCCAUCCUCUUGGUAUCGCUCUCUCUCUCUCUCUCCCCAAACCGGGUGUGACACUGACUGGCAUUUCAGGUUUGCAUAAAAGCUUGCUGCUCAGAUGAACUCAGGUGAACUUGGCUGCCCUGGACAAGAAAAUCUGGUGCUAGUUGGAAAGUCAGAACAGACAGACAUGAGAGGGAAGAGGGAAGGCCCCUUCUGUCAAUGUGGACAGUCUGGGAAACUGAGGCAAUCACAGCUGGGCCUUUCUUGCAAUGGGAAUAAAGAAAGCUGAUUUACAGGGAAACAUAAGCAGCAACUAAAAUGCACAAGAGCCUAAAGGCCAGACUGGGUAUAGCGGAGUAACCUUGUCAGGAGGUAAGAGGUUGCCACUUAACAUUUCCUCCUUUGAGGCUGUUGGGUUUUGCUGCCAAUCGCGUUUUCAGAAAGAGAGACGCCCAACUGCUGCCACACUGUGGCUGUUUGUCAGAGGCAGCUGUUAGCCAAGGAAAAAUAAUUCUGCACAGACACAGAUAAGGAUAAAUUAUCCCAGACUUAGCAUGGCAGCUCUGCCCAGGGAAAAGAGACCUGGGUGCACCUCUGGGAUGGGCAGAGGGUCCAGGGGUCCAGCUGGCCUUGCCAACCCCUUCACUCCUCUGCUGCGGAACAAUACCCAGGGCCCUCUGACCAUAACGACCACCUGGCUGGCCAGCAAUGGUUCUCUAGGGUACCAGACCCGUUGCUCAUCUGGGCCUCCUUUUUGACCAAAGACAGCUAGGAUAAAUAUGGGUUCUGAGCAAGUGAGAAGCAGAGCUUGGACACAAUCAGAGUUAGCACUGAUGCAUCAGUGCAAAGAUGUUGAAAUUAACCGGUCAACCAUUAAGAAAAAUUAAUGUUUUGUUUGUUGAGUUAUUUUGCAACUUAAUCAUAAGAAGAGUUUAGACAUAUUAGAAAUGGCCAAUAAUGGGAACAUCUUAAUUGUUACUCAGUGCCAACUGGCAUUUGAUGAUUUUCAAAACACUGUUGAGAACGAAUUAGGGGCCAGGAUCAACCCAGGGCAGCAGCUCCAGAUCAGAAUGGGAAUGGAUCUAGUCCCAGGCCCAGGAAAGCCAUUAACACCAGCUACUACAAGUUGCACUGGGCCCAAUGGACUAACAGUUGGUCUAGAUCAGUAGUCCCCACAUUGUGCCCUUUAAAAGAUUUUAGAGUUCAGUUCCCAGGAGCUUCAGCCAUGUUGGCCAAUAGCCAGGGAUUCUGGGAGCUGAAGUCCGAAAUCUCUUAAAGGGCACAGUUUGGGGACCUGGAGCAAGUCAGGUCUGGCCUCCUCAUCUCUGUGGAAUUGAGAGGAAUUGGGAGGAGGGUCCUUCUGCUAAACUACAAGAGAAAAUGCAUGUCUCGGUUACCUUCUUAAGGGAAGAGAGAUGCCUGGCUGCUGUUCCUCUGGGUAAAGCUAAAGAGGAUUAAACUAGCAAGCGAGUCCAUUCACUGCAGGCACAGAGGAGUCAUUCUGCUGGGGAGCAGAGUUCAAAAUGAACUUGGAAAGGGUCCCUCUCAUUCACAUAGCAGCAAAACAAGAUUUCAUUCAAGUGGCUCCUUUAAACAGCUGAUCUCUCCUUUAAAAAAAUAUAUCGGUCAGCGUAGAGAAAGGAGUUGCUUCAUCAGAAAGGCAUGCAGCAGGAAGUCCUGCCAAGAACGCUCCCAUUUGCCCCAUUGCAGCUUCAGGGAGGGCUAUUCCACCAUCAGCCCCCAACAUCUCCCUCUUCCUCUAGACUUUGUUAAGAGAAAUUAGCAGCAAAGCAACAGGGUUAUUCAAUUAUACCGUCCUUUUUACUCCUUCAUGGAACCUCUUUCCCAGCGCAACUUCAAAAGAAUUAUAUAAUAAAGUCUUUUUCUUCUAAAGAGAAGAUUAAUUUCCACAGAUUAUAUAGUGCAAUUGGUUAUCUUGUAGAAAAAAAAAAAUAAAACAUGAUUAUCAUUAGCUCCGUAAAGGGAAACGUCUCUGAAGAGUGCUCCGGAUUCUCAUCAAAAAAGAGAAACAAGGCUUUGGAGUCCGUUCAUUGUCAAGUUCGAGGGUUGGAGGUGGGAGGGCAAUGCCUCUGCCCAGCCCUUAGCUUACGUUCAGUUGAACAAUAUGGAGUCCGGGUCCUGGUUUGCCAUUUGUGCAAUGUGCUUUAAUACGUCCUUUUUGGUAAUGAUCCCCAGCAAUUUCCUGGAAAGAGUGAACAGACAGGAAAGUGGUCAGCAUGGGAAAUGCCCUUCCUCACCCAACUCCCAGCCAGUUCCCCACAAAAAGGCAGCAGAUGGAAACCUGUUGGGGGUGUAAGCAUGCACACUUCUUUUGUUGUUGUUGUGGGUGAGGCCAAGAGGCUCUUUGCUUAUUUCACCAGAGGUGACCCAGAAGCAGGGACUGCCUCCAUUCCCUUGCCAGGUCUCCAAGAAGAGGAAACAGCAAUGAGACCUCUUCCCUCCAUCACUGGAGAACAGCAAUGGGGAUGGGGAGGUGGACCUCAAAGCUCAGUUAUCUCCAUCCAUUUCCUCCGGCUGUUUGGCAAAGAGAUCACACUGCCGUGCCUUGGCUGAUGUGUUUUCUAAAAUAUGCUACGGAUAGGACUGCAUUAGCAUCCAGUCAUUCAGAUGGAAAUAAAGGGAUACCUGCCUUAUCAAAAAACCAGAAGAGCAGCUGGUCAUGUCUGUUCUGCCUCUUUCUCUCUUACAUACCCAAACUCCAGACCAUUUCAAGUUACUGACUGCUUAGGCCUCCCUCCAAGAUCCCCCCUUCCCAGGAUAAGUCAUGCUGCAAGUUUACAAAGGCUCAUUCGUUUAAAAAGCCCCUUCCCCAGCUCUUAGGAUUUCUUGGAAGGCAUAGCUGAAGAGGCUCAGAAAUAGAUUAACUCUGAAGUGCUCAAGGAGUCAAAAAUGCCCUCCUCCCCUAAAAAAAAAAAAGAUGGAGGCCAUCUAAAGAAGUGGCAGAAUAACUCGCCACUCCCUUUGGACACACUAAUUACGAUUUCUCUAAAUCUAUUGUCAACUGCUGCUUUUGAUAUUCCUAUGUUAUAUGCCUCAUUUGUAAAUAGGAUUUCUCUGUAAUUCUAUUGCCUGCUGCUGCUGCUGCUUUUGGUACUACGUGUACAAUGUUAUAUGCAUCAUUUGUAAAUACAUUAUUUUUCAUUAUUGUCAGUUAAUGGGCUUGUCUCUAUUUCUUGAGGUCCUUUUGUACAGAAUAAAAUGCUCUCAACGCUU